AAGCAGAAAUUACAGUCUCUCAUGGCAUUCGGUAAAGUCAUCCCUCUAAUUCCUGUCCAUAAAAUGCAUUCACCACCUAAAGUACCUCAGAAAGCUACAAAGCAAACAGACAGAUUUACAGAAUUGGUGGAAGAGGUGCAGGAUCGCUUAGACUUUUUGUUGGAGAUGAGGGAACUAGGAUAUGAAAAGAAGUAUCGCCCCAUUAUUGAACAACAAGUAGCUGACAAAGUGAGACAAAUGAAGGCAAUUGACCCACAACGUUGUCAAGAUCUGGGAACACUCAACCACUUGCUUCUGGCCCAAUCUAAGGAAUCAGCAUGAAGAAUUUUGCCAUUCCUUACUAUUUACAACUGUAAUAAUACCAAAAUAAUUUGUGUUAAUGCUCAAUUUGUUAGCUAACUAACAAGAAAAUAUAUUCUUAUAGUGGAAAAUGCAUUUCCUUUUUAAACAUUUUGUAAUGCCUUUGUGUGACUGACAUCUUUAGACUAUAUGCUUCAAAGUGAGUUACUGAAAGAAAUGUUUCAAGUGUGUACUUUCAUGAAUCAAACACUGUCUUUUGUACUGCCCUGAUUUAUUUUGUAAUUGUCUGUGUUAAAAUUUUAUGCUCAUGUUUUAAACAUAUUGUUAUCUGUUUGCAUACCAAUGUUAUCAGUAAAAAUCUGUCUUAUAAACAGAAUGAAAGAGAACUACAUACUGUGACUCUGCUUUGUAUGAUACUUUCAGUCAUUUUAAUAACAGUGAUAUUCUAGAUUUAAUUUCAAUUCCUAGAACUAAUUCCAACUUGCCUUUGUAUCAAGCUAUUGUAUCCUGGGACCUGAGACAAAUUAAUAACCAGUGCCUCUUUAAUGAAACAUGUUUGCCAGUCUCUCAUACAUGGCUUUAGCCUCAAAGUUAAAACAUACAAUGCACCAGUAGAUGUGUGACUUUUUACAAAUUCGCCAAUACAUAUCAAUCCUUAUCUCUAGCCACUUAACAAUCUUGAUGAUAAUUUGACUCAGCAGAGUUCAUGAAACUGAUAGUCCCUUACCUGGUCAGGAUAUUCCCUAUUUCCUCUAGAAACUUGAGGUUCAUUAUCAUUUUCAGAAGAAUCGCCUUUCAGUACACACAUACACACACAUACAUUAUAUUCCAUAGAUCCAAAGUAAGUCA